ACUCUCUCUCUCUCUCUCGCCAAUAUGCUUAAAUGACUUGUACGCAUUAAUGUUUCCUUUACCCAACAACACAAUGCGUAUACGUCCCUCGAAAUGACCGCUCUACCCCCUCACUUUCAAAUCCACUUCCGCUUCAAUUGUUGCAAUCAAAGGACAUUAUCUGAUUUGAUGGCGGCGACGACAAUGGCGACGGCGGCGGGAGCGGUGGUGCUUCUGUACUACGUGCUGAGCCGGAGGCCUUCGGCGGCGAAGGGGGAAGAGGAAGGAGAGUACUCGAAAUCGGGUAGAUCUGUGGGGGUGAGGAGGAGGAUUGCUUGGAGGCCAGCUCAGGCGCCUGCGACGUGGUUCGAAGCGAUCGCGACGCUGUCUGAUACUCUUAGGUUUACGUAUUCCGAGACUUUAGGUAAAUGGCCUAUUGGAGACUUGGCUUUCGGCAUCAACUAUCUCAUCCGAAGACAGGGUAACGUACAAGUUGCAAGUUUGUAUGCUGGAGAUAAUUGUGUACAACUCCGAGGCAUGGAAAUUAUUGCUGAGUUGAACCAAUAUUUGAGGUUGUUAACCCUUUGCAUGCUUUUCUCAAAGAAGCCAUUUCCUAUAUUUUUGGAGACUGCUGGCUACUCUGAGGCAGAUGUCCUUCUCCAGAAGCCCAAAGCAGGGCUUCUGAAGCCUGCUUUUACAAUUAUAUGUGAUAAAAAUUCAAAAAGUUUUUUUCUACUGAUUCGGGGUACUCAUAGCAUCAAAGAUACACUCACUGCGGCAAUGGGCGCAGGGGUCCCUUUUCACCAUUCCGUUUUACAUGAUGGUGGGAUAAGCAACCUGGUUUUAGGAUAUGCACACUGUGGGAUGGUUGCUGCUGCUCGUUGGAUUGCAAAGCUUAGCACUUCUUGCCUUCUGAAGGCUCUUGAUGAAUAUCCUGACUACAAAGUUAAGAUUAUUGGCCAUUCACUGGGUGGUGGUACUGCUGCACUGUUGACAUAUAUUCUUCGAGAACAGAAACAGCUCUCCUCAUGCACCUGUGUCUCAUUUGCCCCAGCUGCCAGUAUGACAUGGGAUUUAGCAGAAUCUGGUGAGCACUUCAUAACUACAAUUAUCAAUGGUUCUGACCUAGUGCCUACAUUCUCAGCUGCUUCUGUUGAUGAUCUUCGUUCUGAGGUGACAGCAUCCUCUUGGUUAAACGAUCUGCGGGAUCAAGUUGAGCGCACGAGAGUCCUAAAUGUUGUUUACCGCUCUGCAACUGCUUUAGGGUCUCGUCUACCAUCGAUUGCCACUGCAAAAGCAAGUGUUGCUGGUGCCGGUGCUCUACUGCGGCCUGUCUCCAGCAGUACUCAGGUUGUAGUGAGGCGUGCACAGAAUGUAGCUCAGGCUGUUGUAAGGUCCCGCUCAUCCCUAUCAUCAUGGUCUUGUAUGGGUGCACGACGUCGUUCAGUGGGCCCUCUUUCAAAUUCUAAAGAAGAAGAUUUGUCAGGAGCUCCUCUUAUAAUUGAAAGAACAUCCGAAUCUCUUGUGGCUGAAGUGGUAACUAGACAUCCAAUGGUGGACAACAUUGGGGUUUGUUCUUCAAGUGGUGGAUCAGGGCACGAUGACACAGAUGAAGAGGAACAUGGAGCGGUGGACACAAUUAUUACAUCCCCCACAAAAGACAUGACUGAAGGUGAGUUAUGGCAUGAAUUGGAGAAGGAACUCCGAAGAGAUGACCUCGAAGCUGGUGUCCGAGCCCAGGAGGAAGAAGCAGCAGCUGCAGUGAUAGAAAUUAUUGAAGAGGAGAAGGUAUUGGUUGAUGCAGUGGAAAGCAAAAAGCCCAUCUCUGCAUCGGAUGUUUCAGAGAGCCACCAGUUCUAUCCUCCUGGAAGAAUAUUACAUAUGGUGUCUAUGCCUUUGUCUGAUUCCACUGAUUCAGAUCACGAUGGACCUGUCGAGGAACACGUUGGUAUCUAUCAUACGCCUAGAGAUUUGUAUAGUAAACUCCGACUCUCAAGAACGAUGAUAAAUGAUCAUUUCAUGCCCAUGCACAAAAAGAUUAUGGAACGAAUAAUUAGGGAGCUGGAAAGUGAUGAAGCUUGUAGUUGUACAACAUGAAAAGAAUACAAGACUAGUGAAUUUAUGCAUUUGCAAAAAAUGCCUUGUGUUAAUAGAGAUUUAUAUUUACUGUUUGGUUUGUGGUUGAUAUCACUUUUGAAGAAACACAUGGGUUGUUGUUUGUACUAAUAGUUGCAAUUUAUAUACUAGAGAAAGGGAAGUUUUAACAGA